CCCCUGGUAACUUUAAGGGCUAUUCCACACGGGGAGAUUCGCCCGCGCCAAGUCGCCGCGGUUAGAAAAUCAAGAGUAGCGGCGACAAAACGCUCGUCUUGUCUUGCAAUAGGCAAGACAGAGAAACGCAAGAUACCUGCCACACCAGGCUACUAAAAAGCGCCAGUAGCCUGAAAACGCAUGGAGACCCUUUUCGAAGCGACACGACGCGGCCACAACGAAAAAAGCAAAUGCAUAGGAAAGCAUACAAAAACGCGUGUAGCAAAUAGACGAGGCUACGAACAGCGGCGAUACAUUACUACGACAUGACGCAUACGUAAUUGCGUAUGCGAGGACACGGCCGUAGAUGUCACGGCCGUAGAUGUCACGGCGACAAGACGUAGGCGUGAACGUAUAAAUCACGGCGUUAACACAACCGCGAAUUUCAAACGUUGUUUGGUCGAGGGACAUCGCGGUGCGACUUUUCUCCUGCGCCAACACAUUUUGGAAAAAUGUCUUUGACAAAGCUGUAUGUUGAUACAGACAAGCUGAUUCAAUUGGUGGAAAACCGACCUGCUCUCUAUAUGACCGUUAUAUCACAACAAAAUUGCUCGGAGACAAUUGUGGGAUGAGGUGGCGGUUGAACUGUUUGAAGGCUGGGAAGCUCUUUCGGAUGUUGAAAAAAAUUUGCGAGGUAAGUGAUGGCCACAAUUUUUAGUUGAUAUAAAGUUUAGGGUAUGUCUGCCACUUUCUUUUUUUUAAAAUUGUUAUACCGACCGAACCUUAUACUGUUAUAAGCUUAUGUAGGGGGUAUGCAUACAGCCUGUGGAUGUGGUUUUUUUUUUCUAUAUAGGUAUGUGGUAUGUGGUAAUCAUUAGUAUGGCUUUUUCUUUUUGUUUAGUACUAAUAUUUAUUUUUUCUUUGUCCCAGUCAAAGAAAUGCAAAUGCGCUGGAAGCAUGUUCGUGAUUGCUUUCGUAGGGAAGUGGCUGCCCAGAAGACAGAAACACGGAGUGGUGCAUCGCCUUCCAAACGGAAGAAGUACAUCUAUGCAGAUCAUUUAACAUUUUUACUACCUGCUUUUGCUAAGAGACAAACUUCUAGCAAUCAGGAUGAUGAGGUUCAAGAAACAGUGGAUCCUGCAAACAAUAACAGAACUGUUACACCAACUGGCACUCCUACAAGACCUAGCACUUCCAGUACCACUGUCACCUCACCUGGCACUUCCAGCAGUACUCGCACUCCACCUGGCACUUUAAGCAGCACUAUCACCCCACCUUCACAAUCAUCUCAAUCUGACAUCACUCGGGCAGCAAAAAGAAAAAAAUCAAACAUUUCAUAUGGUGAUGUACAAAAUAUGCUGUCCAAGUUAUGUGAUUCGGUCUCAUCUUCCAGAGAGGCUUCCCAAGAAUCUUCUGCUAAGAGGGCCUAUGCCUUUGAGGAUUCUCAAGAAUUUGCCUUUUAUACUGGUUUAAUUCCAACCAUUAUGAUGGUUCCUGAGGGGCAUAGGCAAAUGCUGAGAAUGGACUUUUUGCAGUUGCUAUAUAAAUAUUUACCCCAAGGCAAUAACGUACCAAACAGGCCUCUUAUGCACCCACCGCAACCAUUUCAUCAACCCCCACAAUCAUUCAGUAUGCCUCAAAGUAGUACCCCAAACCCUUAUCCUUACCCUUUUCCAUACCCUUCGACUUCCCAAGCAUGGGAUUCCCAAAAUUCAUUUACCGACCUUUAAUAGAAUUACUGGUUUGGUAUACCAUUAACUGUUAUGCAGUUUAUUAUGUUUAUUAAUGUAUACUGUUUAUUCAAACAGAUUGC